ACGUCGCCCUUGGAGAUGAGAGUUUGUGAUGGCGACGGUGUUGGUGGGGAGUCUGGCACAGCGGGGCAAAGCCGGUGGCCGGCUUCGGGGUAGGUGAGUGCUCCUCCGAGUGUCCGGUGGUGCCGUCCGCCCGCUUCCUUUCCCGUGUAUUGAUUUGUUCGACCGGAGGAAGCCUCCCUUUUCAGGAUCUGCCUGGGGAGUAAUUGGCAUGUGUAUAUGCAAUCAUCGAUGGGACAGACACCUUGGUUUAAUGCCUCUGGAUCUGACGCAGAACAAAGUCUAAAGUUUGAAGAUGAAAACAGAUUUACUAAUAACUAUAAGCAACCAUCAUCACUGUGGAAACUAAUAGAGGAAUGUGUCCCUCCAUCUGAGAGAGAUGAAAUCAGGGUAAUUCUGGGAGAAUCAGCAGUGGACCUCAACCAGGACUUGCAUGCGGAGGUGGCUAUGCUAUGGGAAAUCUGGCAAUCGAUGAGAACAAGCAGAUUGACUUCCUGUCAUUCACAAGCCUCACAUGCAGUGCUACCAGAAUCUCCUGCAAUCAAAGAUCUGCUUCGCCAGGAAAUUCAACUUCUACUUUUAAAUAUUCAAAACAAAGCACACAAAGAGGGCAGGGAUGAGAGUGAUGCACUUUCAUCUUACAAUCCUGAUGUUGUCAGUUUUGCACUGGGACAAAAUAAAGCUGCAAAUAUGCCAAACAGAUCUGGAAAUCUGAAGAAUGCGAAAGACAAAUGGAUAGUAUUGCAAAGCUCUCAAACUGUCAACAACUCUGAAAGUGAAAGCUUUUCAAGUUUUUCCCACUUAAAGAAUGAUGUGGAAGCUGUAAAGGACAAGGUUAAUAUUACAAAUAUUGACGAGAUUGUGGUGCAUUUACAAUCUAUUUUACAAGAAGAAUCUAAAAUGUUGGAGAAAUACAUCCAGUUCUUACAGGAGUGUUUAGAAGAAGAACAUAACUACAGCUUGGAGCCCAAGAUACAAAUUGCAGUGCCAUCAAUUGCAGAACUGCGAGAGGAACGGAAAAUAUUAGAACAGGACCUGCAGUUGGCACCACCUUCAAUACAAAGUCUGGCGCAAGUUCAUAAACCAUCUGGGUACAGAUCCUCCUCGAGAUCCUGUGGGAGAGCAGUGAGAUUGAACAAUCCAGCACUCAACCCAUCAGAAGGAGGUCAUUGCUCAACAGUAACAUCUGGCCAAUCAGAACCAGAUCUAGAGCAGAGGAUGCAGCGGCACAAUAUCUCACCGCUGAGCGAAUCCAGUGCUAGUGGAACUAGAGACCGUUCUACAAAAUUGGAAUAUUCUGGAAUACUCAAUAUCUCACCACAGAGAACAUCUUCUGCGGCUGUGGACUUAUCAAUACCUACUCUCCAUGGCAAGGGUGCAUCAGCAAUGUAUCUUGCACCGAAAGGUGUGUGUAGUCCUGUGGUUUAUUCUAAGGUGAAAACUCAUAGUAAAAUUGAACAGAAAAUGGAUGAGAUGCCAAGGACUUUAAAUCCAAAGAAAAUAGAGACUGUGUCUGAAAGAAAUAACAUAGAAGAAUCACUGUUAUUACAAGAAGAAGGAGAAAAAUCAUCAGUUUAUUCCCAGUCAACGGAUAAUUUUCCGACGGGCCAGCAGUCAAUUGCUUUUUCCUCCCAGACUAGAGUUCAUUGCACUACAGAAAAUAAUAGAACAUUGUUGUCAAGUUUGAGAAGCCCUACUGAAGUGCCUAAACAGAAUGGCUAUAUUCUUAAUCCAACACCACCUACCACUGAGAAACCCAUUAGUACACAGGGCAAGUCCACACACAGAUUGAGAAGAACCCACAGAGACAGCCUCAUUGGUCAUACAUAGAAUGAGGCCAGUUUUCAGAGAACUGCCCCAGUUUAGAAUUGUGGUUUGAGUUGAAAUAACAUUUGUCUUAAUUACAAUUGAAUAAUCUAGGUUAUAGUAAAUGUUCCUAAGAUUGUGGCAUUUUUGAUUAAUUUACAGUACUUCCAUCCACUAAUUCAUAUUUUAUAUCAUGUGUGCUAAGUAAAAAUAAAAAUGACACUAAAUUCCAAAGAUGUUUAUUUUCUUGUGAAUUGGAAGAAAGCAUGGAAAUUUAA